CCGCGCCAGGCGCCCCUGCAGCUCGCCCGGCGCGGCGGCCGGAGCGCGGCCGCCCCAGGCGGCGCGAGCGCGAGGGCCAUGGGCGACGGCGACGCGCGGGCCAUGAUAGACGGCGACGCGCGGGCCAUGAACGACGGCGACGCCCGGGCCGCCCUCGUGACCGCCGCGGACUAUGAGCCGCCCUCGGAGGGCGAAGGCGAACGGGAGACGCUGCUGGGCGAGGCCACCGAGGGCACCGAGUCCGAGUACGACCUCUCCAACUUCUACGACUGCGACGCGGCCCUUGCCAGCUGGCGCGAGUCCUGGCCCGAGGAGAAGCAGAAGUUCUGCUGUGCCAGCGAGGGCAAAGGCUGCGCUGGCGAGGACAACGCCACCGCGGACGCGGCGCCCAGCGGAGGUGGAGCAGCCGGUGACGGCUGGGACCCGAGCUGGGACGAGGAGGGGGAUGAAGAGGGCGUGGGUCUGGACUACGCGCACUUGGACAUCCCGAAGGCUGGCCAUGGGGCGCGUGCUGGACAAGUGCGUGCGCCGAGCCGCGCUGCGCCGCAGCGAGGUCCUCACGAGUGACCUCUGACGUGGCGGGCGGGCGGAUCGGCGCCAGCCGCCGCGGAUGCGCUCGGCCACGGAUGCGCUGCGCCACGCUCGCG